AUUUAAUAUUUACUGUCCCGCGUUAUCUGCAAUUUAAAUUAAUUACCGCGAACACAAUGACUCCUAAACUUUCAUUGAGAAAUAACAAUUAAAUAACUUCGUUUAUAGUCAGUAGUUAUAUUUAUGCACCGGCACGAGUUCUUAUUCAUAGACGAUAUAUACUUUUUUUUUUUUUAUUAUAUUACUGCAACAAACAACAAACUAUUUUUAAUCUACAUCUCCUUGAUUUUCUAAACUUGACCUUCUUCAAGAUUAUUGGCUAAAAAAAUAGUAAUUAACAAUUACUAUUAAUUAUUUUAUUUAUUGAAAUAUAAAAGUGUAGGUAAAUGUCAUCCAAGGUCAAGAUGGUUUAUCGUAAAUGUUAAUAUUAACAAGGAAAAUAUUGUCAGAUGGGUUACAUGUUACACACUACAUACUCACAUUAUGAUGUACGUUUAUAAACGCAAACGCGAUAUGAUAAACACGUAUUAUGGUAAUCAACUUAUGGAAGAAUGUGAAGUCAGGACUGGGAGCAUUUGGCACUGUGUUCAUCAGCAUCGGGUCGAUCCUGACAAUGGCGACGAUCUCAUUAGCGUCACACGCCUCCUACCGAGUCUUUCUUCAGGCAGAGACCUGGACCUACAAGAAGAACUGCUUUGUGAUACUGUGGCUUUAUCCGAUCGCCAGCUUCUGUAGUCUUCUUGCUCUUUCAUUGCCAAGGACUCAAUUACUCACGGAAGCAGUCACGCAGAUGGCGCUGACGAUAUCCUUCUACCGAGUGUACUUGCUGGUCACCGAAGUCGGGCUCAGGAAGGUCUCGGACCCGGCGAUGGUCCUCAAAGUCGGGCCCUGCUGCUGCUGGCCCUGCCUGCCCUUCCCUAGCCUCCAGUUCAACGACGCCAAUUUGUCCUGGCUGAGGAUUAUCGUCCUCCAGUUCCCCAUUGUCCAGGGAAUGAUAUACAUUAUUUUUUUGAUAAUGCACCUCGAGGACCCCGUUGUUUAUACCUCGUACAACGUUUUCUUCCAACCAUUCUGUUUUGCAAGUAUUCUUAUGGCUCUCUAUGGGAUUAACAUUGCUGCGAUUAGUCUCAAACAGGUGAACCCAGAAGGGAAGCUGCAGUUGAAGGCGCUGCUUACGCAGCUAGUCCUCUUUUUCUCAAAACUCCAGGCUACUGUUAUUAAAUUUCUUCCGGCAACUGGACUGUUCCCCUGCAAUCCUCCAAUAACUCCGCAGAUGUAUGCAAACUUUACCUACAACGCGCUGAUGUUAAUCGAGAUGUUGCUUCUUGGGUACGUCGCAGCCUUCGUCUACAGAGAGGACGUCAGCGCCACUAAAUCAACGACUGUUGACGAGCCAACCCUACAAACAAUUACCACAAUCAAUCUUGGCAGCCAGAUCAACAAGCGGCCGAUCAAUGUUAAUCAGAAUUGCAACCAGCGAGCAUAAAAAGUUUUUACAAAAUUUUUUUCUCCAGAAAAAAAAUUUUAUCAGUUCAAAUAAACCUUUUUUUUGUUAUGUAAGGACAAGAUAAGCAAAGACACGUGGCUCACAUUUUUAUGAUACGGUUCGUAUUAAUCUAACGUGUACUUUGGGUCUUGUCCUUUUCUUUAUGCUACGUAUCGCGUACCUGGUAUUAUAUCUGGUAUGUGGAUGUAGAUGUAAUAUAAUUUAUGUACAUAACAGUUUAUUCUGACUCUGAACCCAUUCGAGGACAGAUAUGUCGAGGUGAAGAUCCGUUGACAUUUAUUCUUUUUUGUGUCACGGUAGUUGUUUUUUUUUUUUUUUUUUUUUUUUUCAUUUAUUCUAAGGUUAAAUUCUGGAAUUUUAGGCUACUGUUUUAUU